CAUUCUAUGUUAUAUACUGUUUAAAGCAACAUAUGCUUUUGGACAUUCAUGUAUGUUUGAAUAUAGUGCGUGUAACAAAUUUUAAGAUUAUUUAUCUAUAGUGAAUAAUUUGUGAAAGGGAAUCAAAAUUCAACGAUUAUAUUCUACUAUAAAACAAUAUUAAUGACGACAUGGGUGUCCCGGCGUUUUUCCGAUGGUUAAGUCGAAAAUAUCCUUCCAUGAUAGUGGAGUGUAUAGAACAAAAGCCAAUAAACUCUAAUGGAGUACAUGUUCCUGUUAAUUCUGCAGAUCCUAAUCCAAAUGGGAUUGAAUUUGAUAAUUUAUAUUUGGAUAUGAAUGGAAUCAUUCAUCCAUGUACCCAUCCAGUAGAUCAACCUGCACCAAAGAAUGAGGAAGAAAUGAUGGAGGCUAUUUUUGAAUGUAUUGACCGCUUGUUUCGUAUUGUAAGACCCAGGAAGUUACUUUACAUGGCUAUAGAUGGAGUUGCACCUAGGGCUAAAAUGAAUCAACAAAGAUCACGUCGUUUUCGUGCAUCUAAAGAAACAAGCGAAAAACUUAAUGAAAUUCAAAGGGUGCGUUCUGAAUUAGCUUUAAAAGGAGCCGUAUUACCACCAGAAAAGCCAAAAGAAGAGCACUUUGAUAGCAACUGCAUUACCCCAGGCACUCCAUUUAUGGCAAGAUUAUCAAAAUGUUUACAUUAUUAUAUACACGAUCGUUUGAAUAAUGAUCCUGGUUGGAGGGACAUAAAAGUCAUACUGAGCGAUGCAAAUGUUCCAGGAGAAGGAGAACACAAAAUAAUGGAUUUUAUUAGAAGACAAAGAGCUCAACCCAAUCAUAAUCCGAAUACACAGCAUGUUUUGUGUGGUGCUGAUGCUGAUUUAAUUAUGUUGGGUCUUGCCACACAUGAACCCAAUUUUACUAUUAUUCGUGAAGAAUUUAAACCGAAUAAACCAAAACCAUGUGAUAUAUGUGGUCAAUUAGGACACGAAAUGCAAGAAUGUACUGGCGCAGAACCUAAUCAAAAAGAAGAGGACAAUGCAUUUUCCGCAGAAUGUCAAUAUAUAUUUGUGCGAUUAAAUGUUUUAAGAGAAUAUUUAGAGAGAGAAUUACAAAUGCCCAAUCUACCGUUUAAAUAUGAUUUUGAACGUGCUAUAGACGAUUGGGUUUUUAUGUGUUUUUUUGUAGGAAAUGAUUUUCUACCUCAUCUUCCGUCGUUGGAAAUUAGAGAAGGAGCUAUUGAUAGGCUUGUAAAUUUGUACAAAAAAGCUGUGUAUAAAACAGGAGGUUUCUUAACGGAUAGUGGUGACAUUAAUUUGGAUAGAGUGCAACUGAUAAUGUCUGAACUUGGUGAUGUAGAGGAUGAAAUUUUUAAAAAAAGGCAACAGAAUGAAUUGGCUUUUAAACAACGUGAGAAGGAUAAGAAAAAAAGAUUAAAAACACUUAGCAAUUAUAAACCAAAAUGGAUUCCUACAGGACAAUUUGCACCUAUGCCAUUGGGACAAACCGUUAAACCAGUUGAAAAUGCACGCCAUGAAGCUUAUCAAAUGCGCAUGCAAAAUCAGAAUUAUACCACUUGUUCGAUUAUGCAAUCGGAACAUGCAUCGGUGGGUACAAAUGUAACUGCACUCGAGAGUAUGCUGCGUCCUGAGGGUAAAAAUGAUUUAAACAAACGCAAAAUCGACGAAGUAUCAGCGGAUGAUACUGACGAUGACGAUCGAGCACAUGAUGAAGUUAGACUUUGGGAAGAUGGUUUUAAAGAUCGUUAUUAUGAGUCAAAGUUUGACGUAUCUCCCGACAAUCUCGCAUUUAGAAACAAUGUGGCCUUACAGUAUGUACGUGGUUUAUGUUGGGUUUUACGUUAUUAUUAUCAAGGUUGCGCUUCAUGGAAAUGGUAUUUUCCAUAUCAUUACGCACCUUUUGCAAGUGAUUUUAUUAAUAUAGGUGGUCUUUCUACAGAAUUUGAGAAAGAUACCGUACCAUUUCGUCCUUUAGAACAGCUGAUGGGUGUAUUUCCAGCAGCUAGUAGUAUACACGUGCCACAAUCAUGGGCAAAAUUAAUGAGUGAUCCAAAAUCUCCGAUCAUAGAUUUUUAUCCAGAAGACUUUAAGAUAGAUCUUAAUGGCAAAAAGUUCGCUUGGCAAGGCGUAGCUUUGCUUCCAUUUGUUGAUGAAAAAAGACUGUUCAAGGCUUUAGAACCUUAUUACGACAGCUUAACGGAUGCAGAAAAAAAACGAAAUGUACGUGAUGACGAUCGAUUGUAUGUCGGUUUGGGAAAUAGUGGAUAUAAUUUUGUAAAAGGUCUUUAUAUGAAUGGAGUGGGAUUUGAAAUUGAAACACCAGUACGUAUAGAUGGUAUGAGAGGUAUGGUGUUGUUGGCAGAGGAUUGUAUUGGAGAUGGAGCUACAUUACUUUCUCCAAUCAAUGGAUUACCAGUGAGGAAUAAUAAAGUAUAUUGUGUACGUUUCCGGGAUCCAAAGUACAAUAGUAGUUUUAUCUUUUCUACAAAAAAAUUGAAAGGUGCUAUAGAACCACCAAGAGUGUUGAAACCUCAAGACUUUGAACAAAUGAAUCGUAACAAUGGUAAUCAAUGGAAGCCACAGAUCGGCUUUACUCCUUCGACACGAUUUGCAUCUUUAAGCGAAGCUGGUCAUCGAAUGCUCGAUCAUCACACGGGUUUCAAUAGAGCAUUACCGAUGUAUGGACACGUACCACCACCUCCAAGUGUUUAUCAACAUCAACAGCAAUAUCAACAGCAUCACGGAUAUCAUAGUGGAUAUCAAUCGAGAUCGGGAGGAUAUAACACCGCUAGUUCAAGUGGAUCCUCCUCGUUAUCGUCGGGGCCAUGGGCUAGUGGCUAUGGUCCGGCACCUCAGUAUCUUCAACACCGAUCCAUAGAAUAUCGCCAGCAACAAAGACAUCCUUACUCACACCAGCAACAUCAAGCCCGAAAUGGAAACAAUUAUCAAUCUUCUCAGAAAAAUUAUCAUGGUUAUCAACAAAGGAAUGGCAAUUCUGAUCGAUAUGGAGGUGGUAGCGGAGGAAGUAGUGGGUGGAGACGAUAAAUGAAUUACUUUUAUCCUUUUCAUGACGUUCGCUCUGAUAUUUUUUUAUAUUCUAUUUUAUGUCUUUUUAAAUCGCAUAAUAGAUUAAAUUAGAUAAUCGAAUUAACAGUGUAAUAAAAUAGCGGAACGUAUGAUUAUAAUGCC